AUGGAAAGAAAAGAGACGUCACCGAGUUCUCACUCGGAGGAGAGCAGCGUAUUGGACCUACCCUCUGUUUCUGACCUAGCAGAGUGCUUCCUGCUUCCACACAACUCUGAAAACAGUGAGGAACUUUUCCAUUCUGUGGAUACUUUUCCCUGUCCACUCACAGGAGAAAGCAACCUACCCUCUGCAGUUCCUGCGAGCUUUGAUGCUGGAGGCUCUGAGAAAGCAAACGUGAGCUGUUACCCAACAGCAGGGCUGUGUGAGCCCACUGAACCUCAUGAUGCUGCUCUCUCAUGCGUGUAUGAACAUGACAGUGCAGAAGAUACCAGCAUCAGGAAAUCUCUUGAUGGCUUCUACAAAAUAUAUUGCAAAAAACAGCCAGACAGAAGGGAUCCCACCUAUGAGGCUGCAUCACGAUGUCUGUCACAGAAGAUUUCAGAGCUAGCAAACCAGAGUGGAACAAAGUAUGUGUCACGUUGCCUGCAAAUGGCCCAGGUGGUCUUGAACAGAGAUGGGUGUAAGAUCUUUCCAAACCAUCCAACUACUGCUUGUUUUUCAAAGCCACCUGAAGGAGAAGUCACGUUGGAAGACACAAAGAGAACACCUGGACUCUCAGAUGAUGUCCUGCAAUUCCUCUUGAAACAAACACGGACAGAACAUAGCCCUGAUGUGUCACAUGAGAAGUGA